UCAACUAAAAUCUUAACUUGGUUUGGAACUGAGAACAGAACCAAAGAAGGCAAUGUGUUUGAGAAAGUUGAUAAAAGUAAAGUUUUAGUAGAAAAUGAAAAGACUGUGUUAAAGAAAAAUGGCAUAGUUGUGUUAGAUGAUAGUGAAGAAGAUGAAAAGACAUAA